AAAACAACAUUCAUGGCGUUUAUAAAUCACGAGCACACAACAACUGACAGCUGUCAUUAGAGGCUUUAAUGGGACAGGCUUUACAGGCGCGCGCGGGCGGGAGCGCGCACAGCCUGUAAUCACUCUAAUCUCUGUUUUUGUAAGACAGAAACGUCAUGAAUUAUGGAUCAUUCAGAAGAUAACGAGAAUUGCCGGUCAGUUUCAUAGAAGUACAGCAGAAGAAAACCUGCGUCACUUGAGGAACCCUGUGCUCGUCCAGCUGCCAUGGCUGCGCUGAGGUCGUCUAUGCUGGAGUGCCAUGAAAAAGAGAACGAGGCCCAUCAGAGUUGCAUGAUGGUCUAGCUCCUCCCACUCUCCUUCAGGAUGUUGGCCUCAGUGGUCUCCAGUAGUAACGGAGGGCGAGCGCUUACCCUGAAGGGUGUUGACCCGGAAACAUGUAUGAUAGUCUUCAAAAACCACUGGACACAGGUUUUGAGGAUCUUGGAGAAGCACGACCCGGGCCGUGGCGGUGGCGUCGGUCUGCGGUUCGGUCCGAUCCCUGGCGACGAGGCGAGCGCCGUGCAGAACUACGUGGAGCACAUGCUCUUCCUGCUGAUGGAGGAAGAGAGCGGUCAGGGCGGGGCCAUGGGGACCAUCCUGGAGUUCGUGGUGGUGGAGAACGUGAUGGAAAAGCUGUUUCUGUGGAGCCUGCGGCGGGAAUUCACCGACGACAUGAAGCUGGAGCAGCUGCGCAUGUACAAGAUGCUGGUGGCUCAAGCCAAACAACCGCUGCUACACCACAAACCCAUCCUCAAACCUCUGAUGAUGCUGCUGUCCGCCUGCUCCAGCUCCUCCACUGUGGGGCCCUCCUCCUCCACCGUGGGGCCCACUGCUCCUGGCAAAAGCAGCAGCUCCGCAGCAGGGCCCACCUGCACCGUGGGGCCCGCUCACGCCAUUAGCGGCAGCUCUGCGGUGGAGGCGGAGCUGGUGUCUCUGCUGCAUCAGCUGUGCCGUGUGCUGGUGAAGGACGCCUCCGUGCUGGAGCUCUUCUUCCACAGCAGUCAGGAUCAAGGAGCCGCCAACUUUCUGCUCUUCUCUCUCCUCAUUCCAUUCAUCCACCGUGACGGGACGGUCGGCACGCAGGCCAGAGACGCCCUCACCCUCAUCAUGAGCCUCUCGUCUCAGAACAGCCUGGUGGCCAAACACAUCGUGGAGAACACGUACUUCUGCCCGGUGUUGGCUACGGGUCUCAGCGGUCUGUAUUCGGGUCUGCCGGCUAAACUGGAGGUUUACAGUGACGGCUGGUUCUGUUUGGAGAAACACGACUGGCUGCAGGUUCCAGCACUGUUUCAGUUCCUCAACUCACUGCACUUCUGCUGCACCGUGUGCAAGGUGGCUCACCCGUCUAUCAGAGAUCAGCUCCUAGGCUACAUCUAUAAUGGUUUUCUACUUCCUGUCAUGGCUCCUGCACUACACAAGCUGACUCUGGAGGAAGUGAUGACGACAACGGCGUAUUUGGAGCUCUUCCUGCGGAGCAUCUCUGACUCCGCCCUCCUCCAGACCUUCCUCAUUUUCAUCCUCAGGCAUCGCCAUGACAAUGUUAACAUCCUGGACACACUGGUCAGCAGGAUCAACACUCCAUUUCAGCUGGGUACCGUCUCUCUGGCUCUGUUCCGCACUCUGAUUGGUCUGUAUUGUGAAGACGUCAUGUUGCAGUUAAUUCUCAGGUAUCUGAUCCCCUGCUCUCACCUGACGUGCGCUGAGAGACACAGACUGAGAGAGAGAGACUGUUACUCCAUCACUGCGUCUGCGCUGCUCUCUCUCACGCCCUCCUUCUUCAUUCCCAAACCCUGCUCCUCUCCAACGCAGCCGCCCAAACCCGACUACAUCCUCUGGUCAAAGGUCACCGAGGGCCUGCUGAGGGGGAACAUGGGAAUGGAAGAUCUGUUCUCAGGUGGUGAUAGUGUGGGAUUUUCCCGAAUAACUGCUUCAGAGCCCUUGAUGGAUAAGAACUACCUUCAUUACCUGUAUGAUGCGCGCAGAGCCGUCUGUACCAGCGUCCAGGCGUGCGCCGUGUGGUCGGCUCCGUACGACGGCCUGAAUCCAUCCCCGGACGAGUACGAGGACGACGACGAGUGUCUUCCUGUCUCCGCUCAAACGGCGACGCCCCAUCCGCCUUCGGACAGCAGCUCUGCCGGCGACCGCGAGCGGGUCGAACUGGAGUGGGACGACACUUACGACACUGCGCCGGACGGAGAGGCGAUCCCUGAACAUCCGGCCCCAGACGAGCCGCCAAAACACAUCCAAGAAAUGCGUAAAAGUGCCAUCAUGCUGAUUAAAGGAUCUUACAUCGAGGAGUCCGACUUUCAGGACGAUGUUUUGGUUUAUAAUCUGAUCGCUCAAAAAGAUGCGCGAGACGACCGGCGGACAUCCGCCAAGAACGGCCUGAACAAACAAACUUACAUUCAGACGCACGCUAAUCACAUGACUAAUGAUCAUAAUCCAGUCAAUAACACGCCGCUCGUAAACGGACACUCUUUUGAAGAACCGAAACUGGAGUUUGAAGCUGAUGCUGCGAAUCUAGACCACAAUCGCAACGAGAGCAAAGCGCCCGCGGCGGACGACUUCGUCUCGCAGUGUCUGGAGCUCAUUCGCACUCUGGGCGGAGAGGAAGACGCUGUCAUGGAGGAUGAAGAGCACGACCGGCAGCUGCUGGAUCUCCUGCAUGAGGAGGAGGUGGACUUCAGCUCUUUCUGUGAAGAUCAUGAAGAUGAAGAUGAUGCCGAUGAAGAGCUGAACAGAAACCACAGCGGGAAACACGGGAUCUCCUUUACAGGGCCGUUCAUCAGCGUCCUGCUGUCUCGUCUGGAGAACAUGCUGGAGAACUCUAUUGAAGUCAACCUGCUGGUUACAGGGAUUUUAGCCCAGCUGGCCACGUACCCACAACCGCUGCUGCGAGGGUUCCUGCUGAACACCAGACCCGUGUUUCAGGCCGGUGUGCGAUCACUCUACCAGGUGCUGCAGUCAGUGGGCUGUCAGAUUGAACAGCACGCGGCGUCCAGUCCGGAUUUUCCCGAGCUGGUCCGUGAAGCCGCCCAGUACCUGCUGCUCAAAGACCAGGCCUUAAAAGAGCAAGAGAGUGACGUCCACCAGCAGGACAGCAGCGCCGGCUGGUUUCUGAACGGCCACGUCUCGGGUCGUCCACGCAAACCUCUUCCUCCGUGUCCCAAAAUCCCGCUGCACCUGCGCAACAGAGUGUUCGCUACAUUUCUGUUCGGCGAGUUUCUGAAGGAGCUGGCGGCCAUCGCACAAGAGCACUCCAUAUUACCGGAGCGGACGGCGGAGGAGUGAAACACCUCAGACUGUGAGUUUCCCUCUGACAUCAGCAACAAUCAAAUGCAAACGCCUCUCUCAUUCUUCCCACUGGUCGGUUUUGACCGCGUAAAGCCAAUGUGUCACUUUUUAUUUUAAUGACUACUUAAACUUAAUGAAUGAAAUCCAAUUUGUUUGUUUGUUUGAUUGUUCAUAUUGCAUAUCUAGUCCCCAGCCAACAAAAAUAUGUUCUAAGAAUGUUUUGCAAACGUUUCCAUUAAGUUAUAAAAACGUUAUUUAAUGUUCUCAGAACGUUCAGUUUUUUAAAAUGUUUUAAAACAUUUUUUCUUAAUUAUGUGAACGUCAAGGUUCAUUUUAUCAUUCUGAGAACGUUCUCUGUCAGCUGGGUCACCACUCAGAUUGAGGAAACCGUUUUUGUUAGAAAAAACAAAAUUUGGUAAACCUCACUAGCAUUUAGUUGAGCUUGACGCUACAAACAGAAGGUUUAUUUGUUUGGCUUGGAGGUUCUGGUUUACGGUUCAUGUGAACUCUGGUACAGUUUCUAAUUGCUAUUAAAGUGCCCCUAUUGUGCUAUUUUAAAGGUUCCUAACUUUGUUCUGGAUUCUCCUACAAUAGAUUUACAUUCAUCCAAGUUCAAAAAACACUUUAAUUUCCUCAUAAUCUCCAAUGCAGCAUCAGCUCUUUUCUCUCAGUGUCUGAAACGGUUCGUUCAAAGAUUCGGUCUCUCUAAACCCCGCCUUCAGAGAGCCUACUCUGCUCUGAUUGGUCAGAAGCUCCAGUCUGUUGUGAUUGGUCGGAAACCAAACGCUCAUUAGCAUAUCUGAAUCUCAGCACUUGAUUCACAGCGAUACGAACAGUAACGACGGCGUCGGUUUUACCGUAUCAAUCUCAUCAAAGUGGAUUUGCUUUGGCAGCAGAAAACAGCGUCUUCUCGACAUGAACAACACGAACCAAACUCUUCCAGUCUCAGAUACAACUACAGUGACUGAGGGCGGGGCAAAGAGACGUCGUUUGCAGGCAGCCAAUGAAAACCAUAGACUGGCUUUAUGCAAAUGUAACAGGAAGUGAGACUGGAAUUACUGACGACUCAUUUCAGGCGGUUCAGAAUCGCUUCUUUCUUUUAGGAGACAAAAACUCCAUUUAUCUGAACUUUGAAACUUUGCAGACAUUUUACACUCACAAACAGCUUUAUUACACACUACAUGAAAGGAACAAGCAUAAAAGGGCGCUUUAAAGCAAUCCAGACCUCAUGUGUGCAAGUGAACCUUUAAUUGAUUCGUAUAAUCAUAAUGCCUACCUUAAAGGAACAGUUCACCUCAAGAUAAACAUUUACUCACUCACACCGUUUGAAAAUAAUCUGAUUUUUGUUUGAGAAAACGCCUGUCAAGAUCCAAAGAGGAUCAGUCCAUGUGACUUGUGCUUUAUAUUUAAGCCAUAUGAUAAUAUUAUUGUGAAUUAUUAUUUCUCAAAGUGAGUAAAUAAGCACAUUUACAUUUUUGAGUGAGCUAUUUCUUUAAAAACCAAACUGUCAGCUUUUGUGUUUUGAUUCAUGUUCAUGUGGGUUUGUGAUUUAUAUGUCUUAUUUCAUUACUUGUGUAUAGAUUAAUCACUGUAAUUAGAUGUUUAUCAGCCAGUUUUUACAUUUCAAACAUAAAGUAUCUUAUUUGUCUGUGUGAACCUUCAUGUGACUGCAUUCAUCUCAAAACACAUUCAUUACAACAACUGCAUUCAGCCAAUUCAUCAGGAAACUAAUGUGAUAUUUAUUUAUUCAAGUCGACAUGAAAUGGCAUUUACAACUCAUUUUACUUCUGUGUAAAUUCAGUUAGAGAAUGUAGAUUUUCUCCAUGAGGAUUUGAUUGGAUGGUGAAAGUGUUUCUGUAUGAAGGUAGUUGGAAAAAAUUAUGAUUAUGAAUAUUAUAUCAUUAUGAAGACAUUUUGAAUAACAUGCACUGAUGAAUCAUUCAUAAUAAGACCAGGAACAUGAAUUAAGAAAGUGAAUCGAUUUGACUUUGAUUUCAUGUUGACUUCAAGCACUUAUGAAAAUGUUUUAUGUUCAUUCAUUUCAACAUGAUUUGUCGAAAUAUUUAAUUGUAUUGAAGCCAAUGGGAACUUUUCUAGGCCAAUGUGAGAUUUUAAUCCACUGUGUUUGUUACAUGAUGCUGCUUGUAACAUUUACUAUUCCGCAGUUCAAAACUGUCACUGUUGUCACUUUAAAUUCUGUCAUUUUCAGCUACAAAUGUCUGAGAAUUCUAGAACUCGAAUCUAACGAGAAGAAUUCCAGGAUUCAAAUGCAACUCCAAAUAUUCAGUAUGGCUGCAGAUGAUGUGAAGCCUUAUUUUGAUGUGUAUUUGUACAUUUACAAUUUGUUGAAUCUGUAAAGGAGAUGAUUUUUGAAAUGUUUUAUGACCUGUUGUCAAUGUAAAGUUUUGUACACAUAUUUUUACAGAACAAUCAGUCACGUGGACCACAGAAAAUGGUUUGUUUUUAAUAUUAUUCUGCCCCCUGGUGGUAAAUUAAAACUCCAUUUGUGGUGUA